AUGCAGGAACACUCUUAUCGAUUAGAGAGAGGGACCACCAGGGCGGGGAGGGGGCGAGGGGAAACUGGAGAUGAAGAUGGAGAUGGAGAUGAAGAUGAAGAUGGAGAUGGAGAUGGAGAUGGAGAUGGAGAUGGAGAUGGAGAUGGAGAUGGAGAUGGAGAUGGAGAUGGAGAUGGAGAUGGAGAUGGAGAUGGAGAUGGAGAUGAAGAUGAAGAUGAAGAUGAAGAUGAAGACGAAGAUGGAGAUGAAGAUGAAGAUGGAGCCACUUGA